CGUCCUUUCGGGGAUUUUUCACCUGCGGAAGCACUCUCCAUCUCACACAUCAGCUCGCUCUCUCUCUCCCCUCGCCAAUCAAACCUACCGCCCCCAUUCCUCUCGCCUCUCCCCUCUCCCCUCUCUCUGCGCGUUUCAUUGUUAGGGUUUCUCAUCUUUCUUCUGAAAAUCAAAGAAUCAGAGGUCUUAUCUCUUCAAAACCCUAAUCAAUUUUGGCACUUUGAUUACCAACAAUUUGGAAAACUUUCUAUUACACCUCUCAAAUUGUCUACCAAAUUUAGCCAUGGACGCUGAUUCUUGGAGUGCUCGUCUCUCUUCUGCAUCAAAGAGCUAUAAAUCGGCCCUUCAAUCUCGAUCUGAUAUGUUCAUGGGGUUUGAAGAAAUCGAUGGAGAUGAUGAUAUAAGGGAGGAGUUUCCUUGCCCUUUUUGUUCAGAGUAUUACGAUAUUGUUGGAUUGUGUUGUCAUAUCGAUGAUGAGCAUCCUGUAGAGGCGAGGAAUGGGGUGUGUCCAGUUUGUGCCAUGAGGGUGGGGGUCGACAUGGUUGCACAUAUAACCUUGCAACAUGGAAGCAUAUUUAAGAUGCAACGCAAGAGGAAAUUUCGUAAAGGUGGAUCCCAUUCGACGCUUUCUUUGUUGAGGAGGGAAUUGAGGGAAGGAAAUCUGCAGUCCCUUUUUGGAGGGUCUUCCUGUAUAGUUACUUCAACCAACGCGGCACCGGAUCCAUUGUUGUCAUCAUUUAUUCUGCCUAUGGCUGAUGAUUUUGGGAAUGUUCAGCCACACUCUUCGGCUAAAACAGUCUCAGCGAAGAAAAACACGACUGAGAAUGUAUCAGAAAGGAUUGUCCAAUCUGCUCCAUUGUCGAUUGAGGAUCAGAGGGAGAAGACCAGGAGAUCCGAGUUUGCUCAAGGUCUGUUGAUGUCCACCAUUCUCGAUGACGACUUAUGAAGAAGGUCCUAUUGUGGCUGCUCUGCUGCUGCUGCUGCUGUGGCUGUGGCUGUGGAAUGGAAUUUCAAAAUUACAGCAAGGGCUGCAUGAGCAGUGCUUUGUUUGUAGUGAGCAUGUUUCUGUAUUAAAUAAGCUGUAGUAAUAAAUGAAUGUAAUUUAUGUGUUGCCUGUGGAAUUUAGUAGCUAGGCGAAAUCAAGACUCGUGCAUUCUACUCUAUUCUAAAUUCAUGCUAUAUUGAUUAAAAAAAAUGCGAACAUAUUCAUAUGUCGCUCUCCUAUUUAACUCA